AUGGAUGCGGAUAAGAAGAAAAAGAUGUGGGUGAUGCUGGCCGAGGACGCCGACGCACCCGACUACCCCGGCGUCGGCCCCGCCGAACCCGUCGUCUGGUUCCGGCAGACCAUCGGCAACGCCUGCGGGUCCAUCGGCCUCCUCCACUGCGCCGUCAACGGCCCCGCCGCCGACUUCAUCCCUUGCGCGCGCGCGGUGCCGCUGCGCGUGGCGGAGCGCGCCGCCAUGCUCCACGACGACGACGGGUUCGAGGCCGCCCACAAAUCCGUCGAGCAGCGCGGGGAUACGGUCGCGGGCCCCGCGGAGGAGGGACACGCGGGGCAGCACUUUGUCGCGUUUGUCAAGGUGGACGGGAGGUUGUGGGAGUUGGAAGGGUCGAGGGCGGGUCCGCUGGAUAGGGGGCGCUUGGCGAGGAUGAGGAUGUGCUGA